GAUCUUGUGGUGUAGCUUCUUAUGACACGGUAAGCUACAGCUUCCUUGCAAUGUCACACAGGCUGAAACAUCAACAUCAUUUUCAUUUUGUCAUUGCAAAGUAGCCAUUUUCUCCCAACCCAAUAAAAUAAAGUACUGUUUUUUUCCUUUUUCAGUUGUAGUGAGCUCUUUUUGGGAUCACCCAUUAACUAGAUGAUCUUGCAGAUUUGCAUUUAUUAUCCUUUAGAAUCUGUUGGCUUGGUCCACCACCUGCUGUAUGCUGAAGUUUGUUACCUACAAGCUACAACUGUCAUUCUCAGCAUGUUCCUUUCACUUAUAAGAUUUCAAUUGCCAAUAGUGCACUGAUACCAACAAACUGUGUGUUCGCUCCCCUAUGGUAAUCAUUUGGGGUCCUGCAAUUGGAAGGGAUUUUGUCCUCUGCGAAUGCACUUGAUAUUUGUACCCUGGAUUUUGUCUCUACUAUCUUCAGCUGCAGUUUUGCUAGGCGAUUCCACAAAUCAACAUCAUUCUAGGAACUCUCAAUGUGUGAGAGUAAUACCACUUGAUAGCUCAGUGCGUGAGGCAUGGGUUUUAGAUAUGGGUUAUUCAAGAGCACAAGUUAGUGAUAUACUGCUUCUUGUGUUCUGUGAAAAGGAAACCACGCUUUCCGGCUUCAUCUGUAAACUGAAGGAAGAAGUCCUUUACCAAAAGAGAAAAAUGGUUAGCUUCUUUAUUGAUUUUGAUUCUUUAUGCUUCUUCUUAGUGGGAAAUUGAUGUUCCUUUACAUGAACUGAAAAUGCAACAUAACUUGAUCAGAUACUUGGUUUCUAAGACAACUAGUGCCCCACAAAAGAAUCUCACUUGUGUUGCUUUUCCCUUCAAAUUUGACUCCUUUGUGUUUGAAAGAAAGAGGAUCAAAUAUUGAAUGGAUUCUUGUCUGAUAGUUCCUUAAUCAAAGCAACACCCAUCUUGUAUACCAGCAUUUAAAAUCAUUGUGGUUCCUUUUGUUUCAGGGAUUUUAUUUUACUCUGAUGAUUCAUUUGUUCUUUUUUGAAUUAUUUCAUGUCUCUGGUAUAGUUUCACUAUCAAUUUAUUCCCUUGUCUCCCGAGUUCCUCUAACUAUUAAUUGAGUACUUGAGUUAGAUGGAUUGUUUUGUUGGGUUGGACCAAGUAUGUACAUUGAUUUUGUGGGGGACUGGAGACACAAGGCCCUAUGUCUUGUAUUAGCUAAUAAGCCAUAGGAGUUUGAGGAGAACAUGGGGUCAUAUUGGUCUCCGCAUGAAAACACACCAGCCAAACCAAAGCAAGACCAUGGACCCGUUCUAUAUAUAAAGCAACAAGGGUAACGAACUUUUCUGUCUUAUUGGCUCUCUUGUCUCUCUCUCUCUCUCAGUCACACACAGACACUCACAGUGUUGUGUCCCUGCUUCUCUUUUAAAUAUAACCAAUAAGCCCUACACACCAACAUUACUUGCCUUGCUCCUCUUGGCUCCAUUUCUUCUCAUCUUCUGUGCUGGGCUGGAGGUUGAUAGACCCUUUGUAGGCACCAUGGUUAAUUCAAGUUCCUUGCUGAUUGCUUCUGUGACUAGUCAAAUAUUCAUUUCCAUGGGAAAGUAGUGGGUCCUUAGAAGGGGAUAGAAAAAUGGGGAAGGGUGGUAGUAGGGUUUUGAGAGUUAUCUCUGGAGCUGUGUUGUUGUUUGUGGUAGUUUGGUUCUUGUGUGUUGGAGUGUUAGCAAACCAUGCAACCAGAAAAUUGCAGAGAUUUGCAGUUUCAUCAACUGGGAGGCAUCACUUUCAUGAGGGGUUGGAUCUCAAUUAUGUCAGCAAGAGAAGAGUGCCCAAUGGACCUGAUCCAAUUCACAACAGGUAAUGAUUUUCAUAACUUAAAUCUAAUUCUUCUUUUUUUCUGUUGAAAUGAUCAUACAUUCGUACUAAGGUUAAGCAUUACCAAGAAUUAGCCAAGCUAUAACUUCCUUCUGAUCACUAUAUCUAUCUGAUGUUUGUCAGAGCGGGGUCUGAAUUGUGGAUAGCAGAGUAGGAACAUCCGUCUUUUUCUUUCUUACUGUGAAAACUGAAAACAAAGCUAUUAGUACUGAAAUAUACAAGUAUGUUCAUAGCCUGUGUAUAAUAAGAUAUCUGGGUAUAUAAUCAAAGAUGGCCGUGACCCAUCCUAGAUCCUAAUUGGAAAUCCAUGGAAAGCUGACAGUGGUGUAGCUCCUCUUUAGCAAAGCUUCUUUAGUUGUGAAUCUUUCUCUUAUUUUUAUGAGAAAUAGAAGACAUCGGGGAAUGGACUUGGACCACUUUAGGUGAUUUAGAAAGUCCCUAGUAAGUGUAUCUCUAGCUUUCGUGAACAUUUAGUGAACUCUCUUUUGUUCAUUUGUUCCAUUAUUAGACUAAAGUUAUCUUUAUCCGAAUGCAGCUGAAACAUAUCAGGAACAUUAGUAAUGCCUACUUCUACUAACACUGCAGCUGCUUUUUCCAGGAGAGCGUCCCAGUCCAGAAAGCCACCAGGUCGAACAUAGCAAGAGGGAUCGCGGCAAACUCAUUCCCUUCCCUCCGAGCUGUUAGCCACUGAAUUGAGCAUCGAGUAGUAUAGGUUUUUCUUAAUACAGUUGUGUCAUUACUAAUCUAGUAAAGGUUUUUGGAGAAUCAUCCAAGUUGUGGUCCUGUUCGAUGACCAUCGGAGCAGACGAUUGAGCCGCUCCCAUGCAGCGUGCUGCAUCAACGAGGAAAGAAAGGGUACAGCUUUGAAGGGGAUUCGUGUUCCUUUGUUUAAUCAAAGGGCUCUCUGCCAAAGAUGAAAGCUGGCUGAGGGGUCUUUGCUUUUGCAUGGAGGGAGUGUUCUUUUGGAACACCAUCCAAGAAAGAAAAGGUUCCUUUGUCUCCGUACGUGAUUAUAUUCGUGCUACUUAGUUUGCUUUGCUUUUGUAGAGGAAGUUGCUUGUUUGCAGUUGCUAGUAUUCAUCUACGGCUGCUAAUAUCUCUUUUGAAAAUGGAUUGGCUUUCUUUCUUUCUCUUACUACACUUUUGCUUUUGGUUGUUCAAAAACGCCAGGUAAAGCUUAUUUUAGCCAUUAAGCAAAGGUGCCCCCUUUCUCUUUCGACCAUUGUUUUUAGGCUUCAAUCGUGCUGCUGUUGCUGUUAGUUUCUGCCUUUUCCUUUUCAAGUUUAUCUUCGGCGAGAUCAGUCUUGUGGAAUCAUAUAUACUAGGCUUGGUUUGGAAAAUGAGAAAUGUUUGUAAAAACAGAGGCUCAACUCAAGGUCUUGCAUUUGAAUUUCAAUCGUUGCGUUUGAUGUUCAACUAUUUCUGAUAGAAAGAAAUUCAAAAAAUUUCCUACUACUAUCCAUUCAUUUGAGAUUGUGCUAUAGUUGGUGCAUGAAAAAUGUCAAAGGACAUGUAACGACCUCUUUUCUAAACUAAUAAACGCCUGAAAAAGAU